AUGAUGAUACAGCGGCUUGGCUUUUUUUCUUUUUUUUUCUUCCCGCAUCAGAGCUCUGUAGUCGCUAAUUACCUCCACGUGCUGUGGGGCGGCAACUUCAAGACUCGCACAUGGACGCGCAGGGGAAGCCACCUUCGCGUCCCCGUGACAGGAAAGGCGCGCGCCAGGGUUACCCCUAAGGGUUUAAGAGCGCGAGCUGAAGAAGAACCCCGCUGGCCCGGUGCUGGGGGCCGGGUAACGAAACCCACACCAUCAUGUAACGACAAACCCCACCUCCAAGAAGCGAGCCGGGGCGGCAGAAAGGCGGGGGUUGGGAGGGUGGAGACGGGAAGGAAAACCAACCGCCAUUUUCCUCCCGCUUCGAGAACGAAACAGACACGCGCGCGCCCCCCCCAAUCCUCAAGACCUCCUAAUACUCCAACCCCUCCAGCUUCCGUUGGGUCUCGCGAGACUGCACGCCUAGAAAUCUCGAGCCGUCUUCGUCGUGCUGAACCUUGGGGUUGCUGGUUUGGUCGAGGGGUGGGUGUGGAGAAGGAGAAGAGAGAAGACAGGGAAAGGCGGCAGGCCUUGAUUGACACGACACAGCCGCUAAUGGUGUGCAGACUCGAAGGGCUCACCGACCAAUUGGCUGGUCGCCAGGCUCCCAGGUGCCGAAGGGUGUUGCCUCCCCCUGGACGUCGCUGGGACCGCCCCCCCUUCCCCCCCGCUGGUCGGCGGCGGCACCUGGCUCGGGCCGCUCCUCCCGCUCCGCCUCCUCCUCCUCUUUCCUCCUCCUCUUCCCUUCCUCCUCCUCCACCUCUUGCAGCUGCUCGGACUCUUGUUUAUACCGCGCCUCAGACACUUCAUCCCAGUCCCGGGCGAGCAGCGUUGGGUUUAUGUCUUUAUUUGACGAAAACGAGCUGUUGCGCAGCCAUUGGUACCUGUAUUGGGGAAAUAUAGCAUACAAGCAAGACGCUUACAGCCUCUGUGGCAAAAACUUUUUCAUG